GAGAACAUGCACCAGAGCUCGGGCUUCGGCGCGUCUACGCAAAACUCGCAGUUGCGGAACGACUCGCGCACAUCUGCCUCGCUCCUCGGUGGUGGCCUUGGUUCCGAGCCAAGGGAUUCGUUCUAUAACGCCUUCGAUAACACUGCCUACGCCGUUCCACCGCAGAAUAGGGUUCCCAGCCCUCCUCCGGGUGCAAUGCGCGGCGCGUCGCCGUCAGCAGCAUACAACGAGCCGGUCGGACCACAGCACGAGCGCGGCCAGAGCUCGGGCGACUUCAUGGCUGGUCAUUCGGCGAGUGGGAGCUACGAGCCGCUGAUGGCCAGCUACUGGCGUCAGCAGGACCGCGAGGCAGACGACGAGCCGCUGGCAGGGGCGACCUCAUUGGCAGUACCGGGCACCAGUACGCCGCCUCGUUUGAAUGUCCCUUCACCUGGUACACCGCCUCCGCCAAUUCCUGCCCGCAAUCCGCGGCGAAAGACGGAGACCGGCACCCCUGGAGAGGACGAGCCAGCAGAUGACGCGAGCAGGUACUCGACGGAUAGCACGGACGAUCGUCUCAACCCUGCUCGCAGGGCGUCGCAAGACUUGCGUGAUGAGGCGGACUACUCACGUCCGGUGCUUGCUGUUCGGAACGCGUCUAUACGGUCCUCCAAAGAAGAGGGCGAGUAGCCGCUGCCCUCAGUGGUUAACGGUUCUACAUGCACGUGUAUAACGACUCCAGGUCGGGCACUCAAGCGGGAAGGGACGGACCAAAAGCUUUGAUAGUCGCUAUUGUUAUCCGGUUUCCUUGGACUC